UUCAAAACAAAUGGUUUGCUUCAAAAUGAUUUAAAAACAAUAAACAGUGGGGUUAUGCUGCUGUACAGUACAAAUUUUUUUUUAUUAAUAUUACAACUUUAACAUGAGCCCAAAAAGGAAAAAGACAAAAGUGAGCGGCAAGGAAGGAGGAGAAAUGAAACGUACAAGCGAAAAGGACGUAGAUAAUCAGAAUAAGCCAUCUAAUUCAGAAAAGCAAGAGACGAAGAAGACGACGGAAGAAGAGUUAAGAGCAUUGAAAAGAAAAAACUUUGUUAAAGCUUGUGAACAAGUAUCAUAUAAGGAGUAUUAUAAUUAUGCUAAAAGAUUUAAAUUAGUGUACCUACCACAAUGCAUAAAUGGAAGUAAUUGCAAUCAUCAAAAUGUUAAAAAUUCAUCAAAUAUAAAUCAGAUACCAUCAUAUGCAGAGGAAUCAUUUCAAAUAGAAAUCAAAUCAGGCACAUGGUGUGAAGCAUUGGAAGUAUGCUUUAUAUGCCUAACACCUCAUCAAUAUUUGUCAGCAAAUGUUCUGAAGAAUAUAGUGGAAAUAAUGCUGAAUGCUCAUGAUGAUCCAGAUGAAGAUUUCACAGUUUCAUAUUUAUUAGAGAAAUGUCAACAAGUUCUUUCACAACAGUUUAGUACCCAUCCACCAUGCUUAAUGAAGACCAUAAGAAAAUGUUACAAUGAUUUCCUUACAUCCUCAAUGGAUAGAAAAGAGAAUACAUUUACAAAUAGAGAUAAAUUUGAAUUUAACAAAGGAGUUGUUAAAUAUUGCAUGAAUAGACUAGAAUAUGAAUUAAGUUUAGAGAGUAAUGAUGAACCUUUAGUUAAUGAAUAUGAAAUUACUCCGGAAGAGAUGAAAGACAGUGUUAAAGGCUUACAUUGGCAAAAACAAAAACUAGAAUUAUAUGAAACUUUGAAGAGAGAAGAUAGAAUUUAUAGAAUCAUGGCUGUACUUGAAAGUGUUAUUGAACUGUUACAGUUUGAUUUAGUGAUAUGGCAUUCUCGGUACAGUAAUAAUACAGGGUGUCACAUAAUGAGAUCGCACAGGCCCUUAAUGGCUUUUGUUUUAUGGUCUGAUAAUAUACUCUUCACUGGGGCUGUGAAUAACAAUUGUAGGCAAGUCCUACGCAUAUUUUCUUACAUGGUACACCUUUCAUAUCCCGAGGAACACAUUAGAAUUAUAACUAUGUGGCUUAACUCUAUCAUACAGACAUUUUAUAUUUGUGAAAAUAAUUCAAACAGUGACUAUCCUAAUACUGGUAAAUAUUGCAAUGCAUUUGCCAAGGAGUUUUAUAAGAUUAUAUCAGGUCUUCCUCAUGACUCAGUACUCAAAAUAUUGCAAAGGGUACAACCAACUUACAUGCAAAAUAUUCUUGGAACAUUACAUUUACAAUCAACAAUACCUACAACAAAAGACAACAUACUAGAAAUACUCAUUGAAUUUUUAGAAAAUUCACAGUGGACAAAAUAUCCAACAAACAACAUCAACUUGAAAAUGUUUGUAGAUAGUAGGUUAAAAAUAAGAAAAGUUAAAAGCAUGUCUAAUUACUUAUCAAAAAUAUUACAUAAAAUUCGUAAAGAAAAUCUUCCAGCUCCAAACAAUUUUAAUCAAUACCCUAAAUUCGAUCCAAAUUUCUUAAAAGACCCUUGUGUAAUAGAUCAAAGUUAUGUAGUGUUUGCUUUAUAUAUUACACUGAAUGCCUGUCUAGAUGCAUAUAGUGUUCAACAUGUCCAAAACGUGUUAGAUUCCCUAAAUGACAGUCUUAGUCGAGGUCAUAUUGACGAAAAUGAACCAUCUUCUGAAUUUUGUACGUACAAUGUUACAGUGCCCUUUAUAAAGCACUAUCGUUCUAUAUACACAUUAUUGAAGCAACUUAUCAUAACUUUUCAAAAACUGAAAAAUAAUGGUACACUUCCCAGUACUUUUAAAGUGUUUGAGAAAAUAGAUUUUCUCGCAGCAUUGGUAAAUUUUUCAUAA